AGGUGAGAGUUGCCCAAAAAGCGGUAAAACAACAUUUGAAAAUCACAAAGGUAAUGGAAAGGAAGAGCAAUAACCGUUGAAAAGUCAUCAAUCUUAAAAUCCCAUUGGAGAGCAUGACUGUUUGGAGCUUCCAUACUGAGUGUGUGCUGAAAAAGCAAAACCUUCCAUUAAGUUGUUUCCUGAACCUCAGAAACAUCCCUGUGGGGGAAGAAAAAGAGACAAGGGCUUUUCUUUCACGUCAGAUGGCCUUAGAGAGUUGGCCCAGUUAAAGUUCGCUGCCACACAUGUCAGAGACGUUGUUUGCAAAGGCCAGAGUUUAAGUGGAGAUCUUUUCAGCUGCUCUUCUCCAGGCUGUGCUAAAGUGCUGGAAUCACUGCUGAAGGUAUCUGCUGUGAAGACCACUCCAGCUGAAGACCCCCGCUCUCUUCAGACUACAGGAAUACAUUCAUAACACGUGUAGCCAACCAGACGGAAGGCAGAUGAUGAGUUUGGCCUGCGUUCAGAUGUUCUUUGCCGCCACGUUGUGGACACUGCCGUGCAGCACAGCAUCUGUGGCGGUGAGCAGCGCGACACAGCUGCUUCAUCUCAGAGAUGUUUCUAUGGAGGCUCUGCUGAGGAACAGAAGCGACAGCAGCGCGCCUCGAGCGCGGCGGAAACGCUUCAUCUCCAGUAAAGAUAUGACGGCCAUUCUGGACUAUCACAACCGCGUGCGCUCACAGGUCUUCCCACCCGCAUCAAAUAUGGAAUAUAUGGUGUGGGAUGAGAGACUGGCUAAAUCUGCAAAAUCCUGGGCCGCACAGUGCAUUUGGGAUCAUGGACCGCCUCAUGUUUUGCAACACAUUGGACAGAACCUGUCCAUCAUCUCUGGAAGAUACAGAUCGAUCAUUGACCUGGUAAGAUCCUGGUAUGAUGAAAGACACCAUUUCUCCUACCCCAACAGAUGCAGUGGCACUGUCUGCACACACUACACUCAGAUGGUGUGGGCAGCCAGCAAUAAGAUCGGGUGUGCCAUCCGAAGAUGUUCAAACAUUUAUGUUUUUGGGAGUAUGUGGAAACAGGCCACCUUUCUGGUUUGCAACUAUUCUAUCAAGGGGAACUGGGUUGGAGAGGCUCCAUAUAAGACAGGGAAACCGUGCUCUGCGUGCCCCUCAAGUUAUGGAGGAUCAUGCAAUAAAAACCAGUGUGACUCCAGAUCCAAAUCCAGAAGAAAUGCAAGUGGUGUUAGAGGCUAACAGAUAAAAAAAACCCUUCUCUUAAAAAUUAUAAUAAAUAUAUAACUAAAGUUUAAGUCUAGAAACCACUAAAAUGUACAUUUUACAAUGCAAAUUAUUCCGUGGUCAUUUUAAACUGAACGGCAUUUAAAUGCUGUAAAAUGUCCAAGUAAUUCAAUGUGUAAAUGUCAAAUUGCAUUAACUGUUACUGUUUAUUACCAACCCAUAGGUGUCAAAUGUAGUAUUUUUUUUAAAUUACUUUUUAAGUUGUGUAAUGUUUAUCAUUUGUAUUAGUUUUUUUUUCAAGGCUAUGGACUGUUUGCACUGUUUUGCUUAUAAUUUGUUUGUACUAAGUUGCAUCGCAGUGACAAUUCAGUUGGGAGAAAAGCACUUAUGUUCUUUCAUCAUUAUUAUUAUUUUUUCCUUUUUGUACAGGUAAUACAUUUUCUUUAGAUUAGGAAAAGUCAUAUGUUCAGUCGUUUCUAAGUUACUAUCUUUUUGAAAUGUCUAUUGCACUCAUGUCAUACAGAGGACAUGACUGCACUGUAAACACAUUUAUCCUCAUAAAAACCGUCCUUUUAUUUACAUUUUCUCUUGUAACACAGACAGGCUGUUGCCAACACCUUCCCAGCAGGGACACAGCCAGUAAGUAAAAGAAUAAAGAAAUAAAAUAAAUUCAGUAAAGAAACAUUUAUGAAUUUCAAUCAUAUAUUAUUAGAGACAAUUCAUAUUAUUAAGGUGCACCUUAAUAAUAUGAAUUGUAUAUGAAUUGUCUCUAAUAAUAUAUGAUGUGAGUAGCUGGUCAAGGAUCAAUAUUGAGAAGCAGAAAGAAACCAUCUUUUAUUGCCUCAUUAAUGUGCUCAAUCCAUCUAAAAGAGACAGAUCUCCUGUAAACCAAGACUAAAAGGCUUUUAAAGCCAUAAACGAAGCGCUGGGCCACUUUCUCUAGUCUAUUGUAUAGUGAAUACUUUACCGGUGAUUGAAAUCAUUCAUCUGAAUAAGAAAACAUGAGUAUAUAACAGUUUUUUUUUUUGGUUCAAUAGGAAAUCUAUCAAAGUGUUGGCUUUUGAAUAUGCACAUUCAAGUUUUUUUUUAUUCAUCACUUAUAAUUUGAUUCAAAGUGACAAUAAAUGGUGUUCUUUCAUUGCUUUAUUCAUCAGAUAGAAUCACAGGUUCCACAAUCGAUAAUAAUUACAUUUCUAUUGUUUUAUUUAUUUAUUUCCCCCCACCAAAUCAGCAUAUUAGAAUGAAUUUUCAUUCAUAUUUUAACAUAUAUUUAAAAAGAAAACGGUUGUUUAAAAAUUGUAAUAAUAUUUCACAAUGUUUUUACUGUAUUUUUGUAUUUAAUUAUAAGUCAAAUGUACAAAUAAAUAUUCAGUUUUGUCAUC